AUGAAUUGUCAACAUUGUUUAACUUUACGACGAUUAUUUUUUCUAGUUUUUCUAUUUAUAAUUGAUAAUUCUAUUAAAAAUUUGAAUAAAAUUAAUGAUUUAAAUAUUCGUGUUCAUGAAUUACUACGUAUACGUUCAUCCGUUUUAAAAGAAUUACGAAGUUUAGAACGUAAUCGUACAUCAAUCAUUCAAGAGCUAACUGAACAUAAUAAUGAAUUAGAAAAAUUAAAAUCAACAAUUGGAAAAAAAUCCUCCGAAUUGGAACGUAUUCAAAUGCAUAUUAAACAAGCUGUUGUUGCUCAAAAAGAAGCCAAAGUUUUGGUCGGAUCAAUGAUUGAACCGCCAUUGAAUUUAUUGCCCAAACAAGCGCAGGAAAAAAUUUCAAUCGAAAAUGAAAAAACUACCAUCACUCGCCAUUAUAAUCAUGAUGAUUGCCAUAUGAACAAUUGUUUUGAUUUUUCACGUUGUUCAUUAUUCUCAUCAUUCUAUGUAUUUAUUUAUGAUAAUCAUAAUUAUCAUGUUUCAUCAAUUUAUCGAAUCAUUUAUGAUAAAUUCCGAUCAAACAUUCAUGUAACGAAUGAUCCUCGAAUAGCAUGUAUUUAUCUAUUAAUUAUUUCCGAAAAUUUUCCACAUUUAAAUGAUCGAAUUUCAUUUCAAAAUUAUCUGGACACUCUACCAUAUUGGGCUGGUGAUGGCCGUAAUCAUAUUAUUUUCAAUCUAAAUUCAAAAAUCGAUUUAAAUUCAAUCGGUUUAAAUGUGAAAAAAGCUAUACUAGUUCAAAAUCAAUUCGAUUCAUCUAGUCUUCGUCAUUCGUUUGAUUUAGUCAUACCAGAUGUAAAUAUUAUCCAUUUUUAUAGUUUAAAUUUGAAUGAAAAUUUUUCACCACAAUUAUCACCUGCUAAACGAAAAUAUUUCCUCACAUUCCUUGGACGUAUAUCGGAUGACAAUUCUGACCAUAAUAAUAAUAAUAAUUCAUACGACGACAAUCUUCAAUUAAUCAUCAAAAAUACGAUGAUAAAUCUUUCAACCAAACAUAGUGUUGUGAAUCAUAAUGAGUUUCUAUUCGAUUUUGAUUGUGAUGAAAAAACCAAAAAACUUUGUGAUAAUCAGACAAUCAUUUUACUUGAAUCUACAUUUACUUUGAUACCUAUCAUUAUCAAUAAUCAUCAUAAUAUUCAUCGAAAUCAUGAUUUCUAUCUACGAUUAUUUAAUGCUCUAUCUACAGGUUCGAUUCCUAUAAUCAUAUCAAAUGAUAUUGUAUCACUUCCAUUUGAAGAUGUUAUUGAUUGGCGUAAAGCUACAAUUCGUUUACCUAUUGCUCGUAUAACCGAAUUAUAUGUCCUAUUGAAAACCUAUACGGAUGCUGACAUUAUCGAGCUAAGAAGAUAUGGAAUACAUUUUUAUCGUACAUAUUUUUCCAAUUUAGAUCAAUUUAUAGCUACAUUUUUUGCUUAUUUUGGGACCUUUCGUUUACAAAUACCUCCAUCAUCACCACCUAGUUAUCGUUCAACUUAUUAUUAUAAUCAACCUAAAUACGAUAUUUUAACUAAUUCAAGUGAUUUAUUAUUGACAAAUCCACUUCUUUACGAUAAUGAUCUAUCAGAUGGUGAUGAAUUUCUUGGACCAAUCGAACCACCAUUUGCAUCGAUUAGUUAUCGUCGUAAUUAUUCAAUAACUAUGAAUCAAUUAUAUUCUAUUUGGAAUGACGUUAGUCUUACACCAUUUCAUACAUUUCCUUCACUGCCAUUUGAUCCUGUUUUACCUUCCGAAUCAAAAUUCAUUGGUUCAUCAUAUGGAUUUCGACCAAUCGGUGCUGGACUUGGUGGCUCUGGUAAAGAAUUCUCCGAAUCAUUGGGUGGCAAUCAAAUUAGAGAACAAUUUACAAUCGUCAUUUUGACUUAUGAACGUGAAAAUGUUUUAUUGCUUGUUCUUUCACAUUUAAAAAAUUUACCAUAUCUAAAUAAGGUUGUGAUCGUAUGGAAUAGUCCACAGCCACCAUCUGAAGAUAUAAUAUGGCCAGAUAUUGGUGUCGAUAUUGUUGUCAUUAAAAGUGAACAUAAUUCAUUGAAUAAUCGUUUCAUACCAUUUGAUGAAAUCAAAACUGAAGCCAUUCUUUCGAUUGAUGAUGAUACUAAUCUACGACAUGAUGAAAUUAUCUUUGCUUUUCGUGUUUGGCGUGAAGCAAGAGAUCGUAUUGUUGGUUUUCCUGCACGUUUUCAUGCAUGGGAUUCGAAUCAAAAAUCAUGGUUCUAUAAUUCUAGCUAUACUUGUGAAUAUUCAAUGAUUUUAACUGGAGCUGCUUUUUUUCAUAAAUAUUAUUCCUAUCUAUAUUCAUAUUCAAUGCCAUCAUCAAUACGAGAUAAAGUGGAUGAAUUUAUGAAUUGUGAAGAUAUAGCAAUGAAUUUUCUUGUAUCACAUGUAACUCGUAAACCACCAAUCAAAGUAACAUCUAAAUGGACAUUUAGAUGUCCAGCUUGCCAAACCGGAUUAUCGGAAAAUCAAUCGGAACAUUUUCUUAAACGUCAUAAAUGUAUUAAUUAUUUCAUUUCAAUAUAUGGUUAUAUGCCAUUACUGUAUACACAAUUUCGUGCCGAUUCUGUUCUAUUCAAGACACGUGUUUCACAUGAUAAACAAAAAUGUUUUAAAUAUAUCUGAAUUGUUUUUUCGUUUGUUUGUUCAUUUG